GGGUUCGUUCACAAUCUAGGGCUUCACAUUAUUGUGCAUUCAUUACCUUAGCCUACUCCACUAUUCGAGAGCUCAGCUUUGAUUAAUAAAAAAUGAAAAAAAAAAAGUGAUUCCCUCUUGGCUUACAUGUGCAUUGCCUGCCAAUUUUUAUAGGAUUUUGGAUUGUGACUUUAUUUCUUCAGUUUGUGUUGUUGUUGUUGCUUUGUAUGAGAUUAUCGCGUAACAUACACUUGACAAAACAUAUUCACGGUUUAGUAUAGAAAAACCCCUCAACGAAAAUAGUGUGGCGAUUUUUAUUUCGAGUUUUGAGAAGGCUUGAAUUUAUCGUGAAUGUAAACAAUCCAAACAAACGGGCGUUACGACGCGCUAAAUUGUGUUAACAAAAUUAAACAAAAAAAAAAAAGGAAAAUUUAUAAAUAUUUUGUAUUUCUGUUGUGAAGACAGUUUUCGUGGUGAAUUUAGAGUGCUGUGGCACCGUUUUGUUGUGCUAAUAUCUUCUGUGUUAGAGCGGAUUGAAAUGAGACUACGGCAUUCGGGAUCAUUUCGUUGGAUAAGGAAUGUACUAGAGAGGGUUAAUCCAACCAAACCACCAGAUGGAGUUGGUUGUAGUGGCAGAAAUAGUUUUGGUGCAGCAGGAAAAAGGUGCGAAGUAGUAAACAUCGACGAAGACUUGCAACAAAGUUGCUCUACUUCUUUGUCCUCGGCAGCCCUAUGUUCAGACACAUCCACCGAGAAUAACCCACAAGCAAUCGAAGCCAAUCGGGUCGGUGAAGUUCGUCGUAGCAAAUCGCGUGUACGAAAUUAUCUAAAAAAGUGUAAGGAUCGAUUGACAGGUCAUCACCCGCAGGAUGAACUAUGCAAUGAAGAUUAUUUAGAUAAAGCAGAGAGUUUACAACAUGACAACAAAAACAAUAACAUCAUCACUAGCACCAGCCCGAAUCGAAUUGCAUGCAGCUUGGUCCCGGAAACGUGUUUUCUUGUCGAUGAAACAAAAGUUGAAUCAUCAUCACCAGAAGUGACUAAAAUCACUCAAGUUGUAGAUGUUGAGGACCAGCAGGACCAAGAGGAUAAUUGGGGCGAUGAUGUGUUGUUGAACUUGUCAGCUGUAGUGCUUGAGGAAGUGGAUUUGGAAUUUGAUGAAUUGGUUGACAGCUAUCUGAAGGAUGUCUAUCCAGUUUACUAUGAGAAAACGCGUUCGAUAUUGAUAAGACAGGCGCGUGAUUUACUCGUUUGUGAAUAUCGCGGAUGCUUGAGAACAUUUGAGAAGCAGUUCCUAAAGGAAUUUGCUAAAAUUGCUAAGGAUUUGAAAGAAAAGCAUGCUAUUGGUGAGUCGAUCGCUUGGUCCGAAGGAUGGCCAUUAGCAACUUAUUCCGGAGAGUUAAUUCUCCAGCUGGGAGCCAUAGAUGAAGCCUUGUUACGUCCAUGUGACGUUUAUAUUUGUGUUAAGCCAGGUAAAAAUUCCGGUGUAGAAUUGUGUGCUGUUUGGCGAACACCUGCUUCAGCUAUUGGAUCGAUUGCGACUGCGACUGUGCAAAGCCGAACUAUCGACUAUCGCAACAGUUAUUUGAGUCCAUUGUCCUUAGAAAUGUUGUCCGACGAAUUGCCACAGCUGUUGCAGAAUUUGUUGGUAGGUGUGGAACGAGCCAUCGGCCGAAUAUCCUUGACCGACUUAUCAUUUCCGACCGGUUUUCCGCCGCACGAUAUAAGUGCAUUUGAUACAAUUUUAUAUGGAUUUGACGAUACAACAACACAACAAACAUCAUCAGCAACACCAAAAACAGGUGCAAAUUCAACACCGACAUUCACAUCAACAUCCCAAUCGCCGACGACAUCAACAUCAACGACAACGACAACAACGUCGUCCUCGUCGACUUUGACGUCGAUGAACGAUAAGAAUUUAACGAGCUCACCAAAGUGCGCUCUCAAGCGAAGUGAAUUAAUAACAAAGAACAAAAUGUUGAACAACAAAUAUUUAUUGCGACGGCUGUCUGGGAAGCAGGAUAAUAGCAACAAUGUGCAAACGACAUCAACGACGACGACGACAAGUUGUCGCAAUGUUGGAAUUGCAAGUAAUGAAAGUGCCUCGAGUGAUGAUAACCACAACAAUAUUUUACCUUCGACCACAACGGCGACAAAUGCAACAGCAACAACACCAACCAACACUUCUUCGAUGCCACUCUUUUGUUUGGGAAACUCCUUUCCGCAUAUUGACAGUGAUGAGGAGGUGAAUCCUGAUGAGAAACAAGCAAUGGAAAUGGAUAAUCAAUUGCCUGAUGAGAUUAUUGCACCACGUUCGAUUGCUGAACUGCCAGAGAAAUUGUUGUCAUCUGGAAUACAUCUGCCAGGAACACGCGAUUUAAGUGGCCGACCUAUUGUUAGUGUGGAUGCUGAGUGUUUGAUGAACUCCAGUUUAAAUUGUUAUGAGGUUGCAACCGUUUUGCUAUUCUAUAGCACCAUCCCAGAAAGCACAACAACAUCCGAAACGCCACUAACAUUUACCAUUCUAAUCAGCAUCGAGAAAUCCAGCCACCUGAAUACAAUCGAAUUAAUUUGCAAUAGUCUGAAACUCCUAACAAGGCAUUUCCAGUUCAGUGAAAUUCUUGCCGUAUGCACAGAUCGAAGCCUGUUAUUGAGUAAGCUGACAAAUAGGGACCAUGACAAGCACUCAGUGAAACUCAUUAGCGUCGAUGAAGUCACGAACAGCAUUGCCGCCGAACAAGUCCCUAAAAAGUGCGCAGGAUUACAUCAUCAUGACCAGAAGAAGUGGCGCGAAAUAUUCACACUAAUCGAUCCGCUCCAGAAUCAGUGCUUGGCGGCUGGCCAACGUCUUGUUACCACCAUGGGUGAAAUACGGUCCUCAGAUCAACAAGGAUUGCCGCCGACACGUCGGCAGCUCUAUGCCCAACAUCGUGCUCUAAGUCGGGCUCUAAUGGACUCUGAGUUGCACAAUCUGAGGAAACGUGCUCCCGUGACGUUGGCCCGAUUACAGGACUUGGCCAAAAAGCUUAAUUAUAGCCAUAGUAGCAGCAGCAGUAAUGAGAAUAGUAGUAGUAGUAGUAGUUAUAUUAAUAGUAGAAAUAGUUAUACCAAAUCUUCGGUGACGUCAUCAUCAUCAUCAUCAUCGCCGAGCAAACAAUCCAAUCCAAUAACAACCAUUAUCACUGGAGGUACCUUAACUGCAUCUGCAACAAAUUCAUCCAAUAACAACAACAACAACAACACAACAACAAACAGCAGUAAUAACAUCGAUGUCGCAAUUAGACUGAACAAAGUGACGAUGUUAUUCAAUGAAGUUGACCGAGCUGCCAAACGUCUGGAACAACUUACCGAACAGCGAAGAGAACGUUUACGUGAGCUGACAAGACAGCGUGCACUUGAAGAUGAAAUUAAUGAGGUGAAAUCCUGGAUACAAACCGAUGGACAGGAGAAUCUGAUUAAAUUCACAGAUCUACAGCUGGACUGUGAAGUGGCCAUCAAGGAGCAUGAACAGGAGUUUGAGAAAUAUUAUUUCAUAUCGAUGAAACAUUUGGCAAAAGGUCGUGACCUUCACGAUGCUGCCAUCGAUAUGGAACCUUUGAAAGAAUCCGCCACCCAAUUAAAAACAUCUUUGGAUAGCUUUAGUGUCAAAUUGGAACAAACACGUGAACGUAUCGAAGAUGCCUCACGUCUCCACCAUUUGCUCAGUUUGCAUAGCAAAGAGGAAGACAUGCAACACGAGAUGCAGCGACUUUCGGCAAAGUUGGGCGAACCAUCACUCGUCGAGAAGUGUCAUGCGGUAACCCUGAAAUCGUACUCCAAUAAUUCUCGAGUGAAACCAAAGAACUCAAACACGACAAUGGUGACCAGCACUCCGGACAAAGUGAAUUCAUCGUCGAAUAAUGAUAGCUUGUGCCAUUGUUGGAGGGAGGAAUCGUCAAGGGACGAACAGCCAGGUGAUGAAGACGAAGAGGAACAUUCGAAGAUUGCUGAUUCGGGGCUGGGUGGAUGUGAUCGAUGUGAGGGGAAUCCGAAGUUGGCGAGAGUGUGCUCUUGCCAGAGUCUCAAUGAGGCUGGACAGAUGUGCGAUAAAGGGGAUGAACUGGAUGAUGAUUGUUAUGGAAGAAGUUCAAAGCAAUUCCUGGACAUUCAUUCACCGAUGGAAGCCAAUUCACAUCUUCAGUGUCAUGCAUCAAAUAUGGAUCUGCCUAGAAUUGAAGAACUUAGUGGUCUUGAUCCGAAAGUUCAAAAGAGACUUCUGUUAAUCAUGCGUGAAAUGAUUGGAACCGAACGUGACUAUGUUCGAUCACUCUACUACGUCAUCGAAAAUUACGUCGAUGAAUUACUGCGUGACAAUUUACCACAACCUUUGCGCGGUCAACGGAAUGUCAUUUUUGGAAAUAUCGAAAAGAUAUUCGAAUUCCAUCAGCCACAUUUUCUAGCCGAAUUGGAACGCUAUGAAUGUAAUCCGCUAAAAGUUGGAGCUGCAUUUUUGGAAAAUGAAUCCAAGUUUUAUUUGUAUGCAUUGUAUAAUAAGAAUAAACCAAAAAGUGAUACGCUUAUGAGCGAAUAUGGAACGACAUUUUUUAAGUCGAAACAGAUGGAAUUGAAUGAUAAAAUGGACUUGGCUUCAUAUUUAUUAAAACCUGUACAGAGGAUGGGUAAAUAUGCACUUUUGUUGCAGCAGCUUGUUAAAGCCUGUAGUUCGGUUGAGGGUCCUGCACUUCAUGAAAUCGCCGCCGACGUUGAAGAACUCCAUCGUGCCGAAGAAAUGGUAAAAUUCCAAUUGCGACAUGGAAAUGAUUUACUUGCCAUGGAUUCUCUACGAGAUUGUGAUGUUAAUGUCAAAGAACAAGGCAGACUUCUACGUCAAAAUGAAUUUUUAGUUUGGCAAGGACGUGGUGGUAAGAAAUCACUUCGACAAGUUUUUCUAUUCGAAGAUUUGGUUUUAUUUAGUAAAGCUCGAAGAUUCCCAGAUCAUAAAAAUUUGGAUAUUUAUAUUUACAAAAACAGUAUAAAAACAUCAGAUAUUGGCUUGACAGCACACACAGGUGAUUCGUCAACAAAAUUCGAAAUAUGGUUUCGAAAACGUAAGCCAGAAGAUACAUGGACAUUGCAAAGUAUGUCGGAGGAUAUCAAAAAUGCUUGGACAGAAGAGGUUUCGAAGUUGUUAUGGAAACAGGCGAAACGAAAUCGAGAAAUUCGCCUUGCCGAAAUGUCUUCUAUGGGUAUAGGAAGUAAACCUUGCUUGGAUAUUCGUCCGAGCAAUAAUCAGAUCAGUGAUCGAUCGAUUACAAUAAAUCAACUGGGAAAAGCUCCAAAACUUAGAAAUUCAUUUGUUGGAAGCAUGUCGGAGAACAGCAAGACUCCACGUCGACCAAAUUCUUUGAUAUCGGAGAGUUCAAUGUCAUCGGGAACAAGUGGUUCCUCGAUAAGUAACGGUUCUGGCGGUAGUAAUAGUGGCAAGAAUCCACAAGGAGGCUUAGAGCUGAUCAAUGAGACACAGACUCUUGUUAUAAGCAAAAAAGGUCGAGGUAACCACAAACGCUCAACAACGCUUAUAAGUCAGCUUUCAAUGGAAAGUGGAAUAAUGUCCGACAUCUCAAUGACGCCGGACAAUGAAUCACACGAACCAGCAUGGCCUCUAAUGCGAAAACCCAGCAACACUUCAUCGUCAUCAUCCUCGUCGGCUCACACCGAUUUCCCUCGUCGAAAUCAAGAGCUUAGCAGCCCUGAGCAGGAUCAUCCCUACUUAGACAGUUCGGUUACCGUCCAUUUGUAAAUUUUCAUAUUUCUCCCCAAACAAACAACCUUGGCAACACACUCCUUCCCCCCUCCGACUCCAAAAAUAAUAUCCAACUACUGCCGGUAAUUAUCUUAUUCACAUUCAAUUAGCUUUUUGUGUAAGUGUUGUAAUUCAAAAAAAGAUAUUUUUUAUUUAAUUCUUAGCACGUAAUUUUCUUAAAUAUAAAAAUA